UCAUAAUGGUAUAGAACGCGUCAUAAUAGAAUAGUGCACAAUAGAUACAUUGUCGUUCUAAUUGCGAAUGAUACAUUGUAGCAGAUUAUAAGUGCCAUAAAACACAUGGCACGUGUUCAUUAGUAGUUUCUUUUUAAUAAUAUGCCUUUUUAGUCCGUUCAUAGCCCUGUUUUAUCGUUCAUAAUUAGACCGGGAUUAUUAUUUUCCUUUAGAUAGCCUACCAUAGCCGGCUAUAGGUAGAAUAGAUAGACACCUCAUUAAAAUAUGAGUCAUUAUUGACAAUCAUAAAUUAGUUUAUAUGUUAACAUAAUAAACCUUUGCAUUGUAAUUUAUUUAUUUAUUUAUAUGCUAAUUAGCUAUAUUAAAUUAGGUUUUAUAUUAUCAAUAUUUCCAAGCAUUUAGUCAAGAUAUUUAAACAUAGAGGGAGGUGUAAAUAUCGUCCUCCCACGUGAUGGAGACACAAAGGCCAGGUGACCUGCCGGGCUCCUCAGUGGUGGCGGAGGCCCCUGAGGGCCCCGGUGAGGUCAAGCGCAGCAACUCUGGUGUGAAGAAACAUCAUCACAAACACAACCUAAAGCAUCGCUACGAGCUGCUGGAGACCCUGGGGAGAGGAACGUACGGCAAAGUCAAGAAGGCCAUCGAGCGCCAUUCUGGAAGAGAGGUUGCCAUCAAGUCGAUCAGGAAGGAGAAGAUUAAAGAUGAACAGGACAUGGUUCACAUUCGACGAGAAAUCGAGAUCAUGUCGUCCCUUCGCCACCCACAUAUCAUCUCUAUAUAUGAAGUGUUUGAAAAUAAGGACAAGAUAGUGAUCGUCAUGGAAUAUGCCAGUAAAGGUGAACUCUAUGACUACAUCAGCGAACGCAGACGCCUGACUGAGAGAGAAACCCGACACUUCUUCAGGCAGAUCGUCUCUGCUGUGCACUACUGCCACAAGAAUGGUGUUGUUCACCGGGACCUGAAACUGGAAAAUGUGCUACUGGAUGAAAACUGUAACAUAAAGAUUGCUGAUUUUGGUCUGUCCAACCUGUAUCAUAAAGACAAGCUCCUUCAGACCUUCUGUGGUAGUCCACUGUACGCAUCUCCGGAGAUCGUCAACGGCAGACCGUACCGUGGUCCAGAGGUGGACAGCUGGGCUCUGGGGGUGUUGCUGUAUACGCUGGUCUAUGGCAGCAUGCCAUUCGAUGGAGGGGACCACAAAAAUCUCAUUCGGCAAAUCAGCAAUGGAGAGUACCGAGAACCAUCCCAGUCAUCAGAUGCUCGUGGUCUUAUCCGCUGGAUGCUUAUGGUCAACCCUGAGCGGCGGGCCACUGUGGAAGACAUCGCCAAUCACUGGUGGGUAAACUGGGGAUGGAAGACCAGUGUGUGUGACUGUGAAUCGCAAAGGGAUGCUGGCUCGCCCAUGCUGGCUCGUCUCAUUGACUGGCAGAACCGGACCGAGCCUCGACCCACUAAAGCCAUCCGGUCUGAGCCAUUCCUGCUUGUCCGUCAACGGCCCAAAAAGUCCAAGAAAGAGAAUGAUGUCGGUGUGUCCCACUGUAAUGGAGAGGACAGCCUUGGCCUCAAGAGACCAAAGGGCAUCCUGAAGACAAGAACCUCUGAAGAGCAACGCUCUCCAAGUCUGGAGGAAAUAGAGUCCGGUGCGGGAACCCCAGAGAAGGAAUCUGGGCCUGAUGGUGAAGAGGGCGAGGAGGAGCAGGGGCUAACAGGCAACUCUCCUACCAAGGCAGUCUCUAUCCUUCCAAAGAAGGGAAUCCUAAAAAACAACCAACAACGGGAAUCAGGGUACUAUUCUUCCCCGGAGCGCAGCGAGUCCUCUGACUUGCUAGGCGGCAACAUUACACCUCUCGCCGCCAGCUCACCACCAAAGCGAGCAGUUGGUAGGAAGGGCAUCUUGAAGCGCAACGGGAAGUAUUCUACAUACAGUGGCGCUCCUCCUUUGAGUGUCCUUGGAGAACCAGCACCUGGCGAUUCCGGGUUAUCCCGCAGUCAGAGUCGCCCAUCUAGUAUUGUAAGGGAGGAUAGCGACACCAUCACCAACAGUUCCUUCAGUGGCACUGACUGGCCCCCACCCAGAGCCCGCCCCAACAUCAGAGGCUGUUUGUCUGCAGAAAACCUCCUCCAGUUGGCCAACUUUAAAGGUCUCCAGGCAGCUCCUCCCCUACAUAGUGGGAAAUUCAGCCGAGGAACGCAGAGCUCUCCGGGGGAUAACAGCAGCUUCUCUUUACUAGGAGAUCUUGAUGAUAUGACUCAGGUGUACCAACAAGCCCUGGACAUCAGCAACAACCUGUCAUAGGGAUGGGGGCCAGUUAAGAGGGGCCUAGAAAGAAAGAAGGUGGAGCAAGUGGAACGUGUUUGUUUGGCAUGUUGUUGACGACCAGUGCAAAACUGGGAUUCUAUGAAUGUGAGUCCUUUUUCAAAUGGAUGAUAUUGGAGGUUGUACACAACCAAACCUUAACCCUAACUCCUAACCCUUAACCCUAAUCCUACCCUAUCCCACUUUACCUUUACCCAACCCAAACUUAUACACAGUUAAAAUUUGUAUCAAAUACAACUUGGGGAACUACAGCCUAGGGGGAUUUAAGGGUUUGAAGCAAGUAAAAUUUAAGUUGGUACUCUGGGACAUUAUCCCCCUACAGGCAAGAAACUAAAUUAAAUGUUUACAUUUUAAGUAUAAGGUGAGUUAGCAUCAGAGUAAGGCAUCAUGUAACGGUAGUCUUGAUGAAAAAUAAGAGCCAACCUGAGUUUAUCAAGCACCUUAAAACUCACAGAGCACAUGUCGUUUGUGAUCUUUACUUCCAAAAAAAAGAAACCAGGGUCUUGCUCCAAAUGAACUGUUGUUGUGUAUUAUUUAUUAAUAUUUUUGUAGAUUUAGUGAUACAAAACUGGUGUGGUCUGGCAGUACUGGAAGAAUAAGAAACUGAAUCUCUCAUUGUCCUUGAUUGGAACUGACAUAUAUAAUUGUUAUUUUUCUUUCUUGGUUAUUGUGAUAUGUCAUAUAAACUGCAUAUGUAAUGAUCAAACUCAUAUGAGUCAUAUCUAUGGAAUUAUAGAAGUGCCUUUUUGUUUGUUUGUUUUAAUUUUUAAUUCACAUUAAAUUAUGUAUGUCAUUUCCCUAAGGUGGAGAGAGAUGCCAGAGGAAGCUGUCAUCAGAUGAACAGCGUUUUAUUAUUUUUAUUUCAUUUUAUUUUGGAGUUUGUAUCGAAUGCUUAGAAGAGCCCCAGGACCUCCGAGCACAAAGCCUACCCUACAGAACUACCUUCAAGGUUAAGUUUGCCCCACUACUGACGAGAUUAUUCAGGAAGAGGAAUAUUGAGUCCGUGAUCACUUUGAAAGGGAGAUUAUUUUCAGAACCCGCAGGGUAAUUCAAGGUUCCAGCAUGCUAGAUUGGUUGUUUCUGAUUGAGUCCUGACAGAAACAUGUGUGUGUGCGCCAUGUGUUUUUCUGGAACGGUACUCUUGUGGUUUCUUGAUUGGGUUAGGUGACUGUACAGAGUUCUGGACACCUUCAUCUUAACAAGAUUUAACUCAAGGUAGAAAUGUCAGACACAAUCUCAGCUCCAAAGAAUGUUCAGGCGGAGACAAGCUUGUUUGACUAUUUCCAAAGUUUUUGGACUGUAGGAACGUUGUCUCUCCUGGUGUUUAUCUGUUGAUGCCUAAGGAUUAGAAUUGCUCAGCUCAAAGAAUAACAGAUUAUUGGUUCUUUGUUGAACUUUGAUGCCCAAAACACUCCCGUCAGAGCUAAAAAAAACAAGUAGACCGAUUAGUCUCAAAGCAGUGAUGAGGCAGCAAAUUCCAAAGGCUCUUUAGAGGCAUGUUUGGACUAGAUCUUAACACCGUGACCCAGAGAGCUUCCCUGUGUCGUAGGUUUAAUGGAACAGAAGCUUUAUUGUUUCAGAAUCUUUAGUGUCUACCUGCAGAAUUUCAAGUGCAAUUUUAGUUCGAAGGCUGUUGUCUAAAUGUUUUUUAGAAGGUAAGUGUGAAGUAGCUGUAGUAGAAAGAGAUGUAUUUACUAGGUGUUUAUGUUCAUGAAAGCAUUUAUGGAUGGACGCUUUUCCAGUAAGAGGGACAAAUAGAAUUAUUCACUGGAAAGGAUGGUGUGGCUUUUUAUUUUGCUGCAUGUGAAGAAAGACUAGUGCAAGUGUAGAAAUAGUGAGAUGAAGAAAGUAGAUGAAAGGAUAAGGCAAGUAUUUUGUACCAAAGAAGGCGCUUAUGGGUAGAUGUGUCCAGUUAGCUGAUCAACUAGUAGCGUUAAUGAAAAAUUUUCAACAGAGAUCAUGGGAGGCAUUUUGUUCAAAGGAGGUCCUGGGUUGAUAUUAUAGACACACCUAAUGUGUAUCGUAUCGUACUGCAUUUCUGUAUUGCAUUGUAUUGUCAACUGGAUUCAGUGAUCAAAUUAUACUAUGUUAGUAUUUUUAUGUUAUUGCGCUUCUGUUUUUGAUUCUCCAAAAUAUUAUUAUUGAUUUACCUUACAGAAGAACGUUGUGCGUAUAAUCAACGAUCUCUCCUGGUCUCUACAGGUUUUCAGUGCAGAUGUGCAGUGCUAAUGCUAAUGUCUAGCAUUCGCACAAACAGACGAUCAUUCGCAACUACUGCAGUUUCAUCAGGGUCAUUCGAUGCGUGUCCGAAAUCUCAAACGCCGCCUCACAGAUCUGACCCAAUAUUUGGUGUCACGAUAUUCACGAUCAACCUUAUUUGUCUUAAUACUUUAGGACAAAGUUGAGCAUCCACCCAAAUGUGCCAUUGCUAACCAUAGUGCCAUCGGAAGUGAGAUUAACAGAGGCGGCCAUUGCGAAUCAAUUUCAAACAUGCUUUCAGCCAAACUGGAAAUACCUGGUGCAUAUUAGUCAAAAAUUAGUCAGCAUAGUGGAAAACUUGACUGGAUAUUGUUUAUUGACAGUACUGAAAUGGUAGUAUUAUUAUGUUAUUUAUGCAUUAUUUUAUUAUAAUUAAUUACUUUUGUUGGUCAAUGCCAUAAUCUUUUUUGGGGGUUUGGUAUCAGUUUUGAGAAACAAGGACUGCCAAGGUAUUUUUCGUUCAGUGCCUUUGCUAUCUUUUUUGUUUAAUUUUUUGAUAAUAAAAUUAUUACAAUUGCAUUUUUAUACUCUAUUUAUUGGUGGUGAAGCCAUUUCAUUUCAUCAACAGCACUCACGCAAAAUGUGCAUGUGUGAGUGUGUGUUUAGACACAAACAAACACUGAAAGACAACUGGAAGAGCAAAAUAACAGGGAGAGAUGGUGCAUUGCGGUCGUGUGGUUGUGUUGUAAAGCUUUGGUUGUGUAUUCAGCUGCUUUGGUUGUUGCUAAGUGGAGAUAUCUCGCUAACCAGCAGUGUUUUGUACCACAAAACCAAAUCUGUGUAAAACCAACUCAAUAAACGAAUCAUUUCAAAGGA